AUGCAACCCACCGAAAACUUCAGGUAAGCACAAACCAGGAAUCUCCUCUCCUCUCUAGACUCCUUCACACUUAUUGGGAUUUUUGGUGCUGCUUACGCAUGCACCUCUCAGGUUUCCACCUCUUGAAAAUGCGAUCACAUUCGCUGCUAAAAUUUACUUUUCCCACUUUUAAAAAAUAAAUAAAAAAUCUUACCAUAUGUUCUCUGGGAAUACAAAUCCAGAUUAAAUGGGGAAAUAUGUGACAGCAUCUUGAUGAGCGGUGGCGUGGUGUGGGUCCUGCAAUAGAAAAUCAAGUAUUGCAAGCCUGAGAGACGGAUCCGUUUUAGCAUUUAAAUCACCAGGGGACAUGGUGUUUAAAGUGCGUCUCCAGAAGGCCCCUCGCUGUGUGAGCAACAGCCUUUAAAGAUAUCCUUUUAUAAGGUCUUGUAUGGAAACUUUCAGCUGCAAAAAGAAAAAUUGAAAAUAAUAUAUUUUUAAAUGCUUAUAUUGAAAUAAAAAAAAUUAAGGUCUUAUAUAUAUAAUAAAUGUGCCAGGCAAACACGUACAUAAAUGUAUGGGCCACAUGUCUGAGGUAGUACAGGAGGGCAGCCAUGGAUCCAUUUUGGCUCCCAAGCUGACCAAAUGUUUUCUCUGCAAGGUCAAAGGAAAAUGGAAAAGCCUCCCCAUUGUCUUUUCCUUCACAAAUCCUGUCUUAAGGGGUUUGUUGUUUGUUGUUAGCCGCCCUGAGCCUGGCUUUGGCUGGGGAGGGCGGGAUAUAAAUAAAAUUUAUUAUUAUUAUUAUUAUUAUUAUUAUUUUCUGUGUUUGAAUAGGGUGAGCCUGUGACCUGGCUCAGGAACUAAGUAUUUAUCAUUACAAAAGACUGGCAUUAAGUGAGCAUUAACAGGUAACCUGUCAGGCGAGAUAAACAACACACUCAGAUUUCUGCUGUAGACCGCCUUUUCUGUGAUGUAGGUAUGAUGUAUCUGGGGGGUGGUCUUGAGCUCCAGGACAGGGAAUUUAAAAUGUCUAUAUAAGGGCAGGCACACCUUGGUUCUGGGUUCCUCCUCCUUUCCUGCGUGUGAGGGGAGCACCCUGUUGCAACAGAUCAAUAAAGAUCAGGCUUACUAGCUGCCUUGCUUCUCAAUAUACUCCAGUUGGCCUCUGUUAUUUUCUCCUACCAAUAGGGAACCUACAUAAGGACUCUAAAUGGGCUCUUGGAUACCCCAUAAGGGAAAAGGGGCAGAUUUUUUUGUUUACAACACCAACAGGUGAGGAAAGGGCCAAAGCCAAUUUAUAGAGAAAACAUUUGUCAGUUUGGGAAUCAAAAAUGGUUUCAGGUCGGUCUUCCUGUGCUGAUCUAUGCACGUGCUUGGUUGGUACAUUUAUGAGCUUUUACUAUAUAUCUAAGACCUUAAAAUUCUUAUCACAUUGGAAACAGAUUCCACGGCUGACCAUCCCUACCUCUGGGGUUGGGCUAGAUGACCCUCAGGGUCCCGUCCAACCCGGCACUCCUAUGAUUCUGAUUCAACCUUUCUGCCCUUCUUUUCCAAUCUCUUUGCAGCUUUGAGCUCUGCAGAGAGACGGCCGACUGGCUCCUGGCUCGGACCAGGCAGCGCCCCAGAAUCGCCAUUAUCUGUGGCUCUGGACUGGGACCCCUCGCUGACAGUUUGAAGAACCCGGAGUCUUUCAAGUACAUGGACAUCCCCAACUUCCCGCACAGCACAGGUAUGGAGAACAUAGCUGUCAACCAUCCCUUAUUUGGCGGGAAAGUCCCUUAUCCCAGCGCUGUGUCCUGCUGCUGUCCCUUGUUGAUGAUGUCCCUUAAAUUUUCCGGGUUUCAAAGGAAGCAGCUCCUCUCCCUCCCUCCCUGCCGGCCAGGGAGGAGGGAGGCUCCAACUGUGUUGCUUGGCUGCGUUGCUCACCCAAUAAGGAGUCUGAGAACGACUGGGGGGUGGAGCUUGCAUGCCUUGUGCCGAUCAAAUCGGCUGCGUUGCCUGGGGACUCGCCUUUGCUCAGCGCGUCCCAGCGGAGAGGUGACGGUGGUUUUCCUUGCUGCAUCCCCUUUGCCGGGUUGCUGCGCUGUGGGAACCACCGCUUGAGGCUUCGUUUGGCUGCUGGCUGGGCUUUCUGCCUUUGGCUUGGAGGGGCUCAGAAGUUGAACAUACCUGUGCUUGGAAAAGCCCUUAUUUUGGCUGCUGAUCCCUUAUUUUCAAGGUUGCUGGCCCCUUAUUUUCAAAUCUGUAAGUUGACAGCUAUGAUGGAGAACUAUCCUUGUUGCGUGCCGCUGCUCUGCAAUUCCUCCCAGGGUCUUUUCACGCCGUCCUGGGGCCUCGGGUCUGCUUCCUCGCUGGCCAGCCAGAACUGAUUGUGCAUGAAUUGUGCAGAUUGUGAUCUGAUUUCUUUCCGCAGGGCCUGUAAGACAGAGUUGUUCCGCCUGGCCUUUGGCUUGGAGUCAAUUUGAUUCCCUUCCUCUUUCUUUUUUCCUUUCUCCUCCUGUGAUGAGGCUGCAUUUUAAUGUUGUGUUUUAAUCUUGUUUUUAAGUUGUAUUCAUUCAACUUGUUUUUAUUAUUGGUUGUUAGCCGCCCUGAGCCCGGCUUUGGCUGGGGAGGGCGGGGUAUAAAUAAAAUUAUUAUUAUUAUUAUUAUUAUUAUUAUUGUUAAGCAGAAAAAACUGCAACAAGAGAUCAGCUCCAUGUUUUGGGGCCGGGUGGGCUGUCGGCUUAGCUUGAGGGCAUUUUCACCCAGGGUGCUAAAAUCCCGCUUUCCAUUUCUCAAGCCUUGCAUGUGAAUGGGAAACCCAUCAUAGCAAGGAUCUACCUCUGAGUUAAAAAUAGUGGUAUCUGGCUACCCUCUUGUGGUGAAAUGGACACAUCUGCACUUUUAUGAUGAUGAAUGGCAGAGUGCAUGUGAAUUUUCCUACCUGGUAGUGCAAAAGCUGUGUAGGUAACUGGAGGGUUUGUGUGUUUAGAGAGAGAGAAAGAGUUUGGAUUUGAUAUCCCGAUUUAUCACUACUCGAAGGAGUCUCAAAGCAGCUAACAUUCUCCUUUUCCCUUCCUCCCCCACAACAAACACUCUGUGAGGUGAGUGGGGCUGAGAGACUUCAGAGAAGUGUGUCUAGCCCAAGGUCACCCAGCAGCUGCAGGUGGAGGAGCAGAGACGCGAACCCGGUUCACCAGAUUACGAGUCUACCGCUCUUAACCACUACACCACACACUCUGAGAUUAUGUUAGGAACCUAGGCUCAUAUUGUGCAUUGAUGAAUUCAUCUGGGUCCAAGAGCUUUCCUUGUCAUUCCAUAGCUGUGCCUUGUGAAAACCUGAUCUAACCCACUGGAUUGAAGCUCAGUUAAGCAAAUAUCUCUUAGGAUUGUCCACGCAUAAAAUCCAAUCCAGUGGGUAAGUUUGGAUUUUUGCAAAGCAGAGGCACAGAACAAUAGGAAACUCUCUCAGACCCGGAGGAAUUAAUUGGUGCACAAAACAAUUGAAAUUUGGGUCAAGCAAAAUUGUGGCCAAGCCCUUGCACUCCAAGGUGUUAGCAUUCUCAGCCCAUCCAGGAGACACUGGGAAUUCAACCUGGCAUUUUCUGCUCUUCCACUGAGCCCUUCGCUCAAUGGACUUCAAUGGACUUUGAAUAAAUGUGCAAUUAGUUUUCUUGUUUUGAAUUCUGUUGCAUUAUUGUCUUCCUGAGUGGUUCGUGCAAACCACUGUUCUGAACAAUGCUGAAUGAAGGGCAGGUGGCCUUGGGGAUGAGUUUAUGGAACCAAGGGGGCGCUGGCCCAACAAUGUUUGGGAACCACUGGUUUAAUAAACACUGGCUUAGUUGCAUGCAGUGUGCUGGGUCUCUCUUUUCCUCCUUAAUAAAUAAUAAUAAUUUUUUAUUUAUACCUGACCCUUCAGAAAAUUAGGCUACAGGCAGCUAACAACAGAAGUCUAAAUUAACACUUGCUUGUACUACAGCAUAAGAAAUAGCACCUAUUAGGAUACUCGAACCAUACUAAGACAUCAAGCAGUUGGUACCUUACCUUUUGAACUUCUGUUCUGGUUACAAUGAUCCAUUGACGUCAUCCUACAGGAAUGACUACUAUAAUCCUUAGCUGUCACGUGGGCUAUUAUUUUAGCUGUCCCAGGAACUCCAGUCGGUGCAGAACCUGCCCUCGCUCCCCACUGCUUCCCUUCACCUGUGUGAGAUCUUCCCAUCAUAAUAUUUUUAUCUAGUUGCUUUAACAAAUAGGACUAACUAUGGAAACUGGUUAAAUUAUAAUGACUUCUGUUGUCCUUACACGCUUAACAAUUGCCCAUUAAGAGUUCUGCUUUAACGACCAUAUUUCUUCAUGUAUUCCCCUAUGUAUUCCUAGGUCCAUGUAGAAUCUUUGCUUGGAGCAGUCCCUGAUUCCUGCAGUCAGUUUAUGCCAUCUCUGCAGACCCAGACAUCUUAGCUGGUGCCAUUCUGUCAUCUGGUGGUACUGUUUCUGUUUUCCAGGAUACUUUGGCCAUACAGUAUUAACUUCCUGCUGCCGGGUCUAUAUACAAGAGUAUAUUCCGCUUGGCCUUGGUGUAAUGUCAGCUUGAUCUAAUAAACUCACUACGUAUGAGUCCCUCGGCUUUUUAUGAAAAUCAGCCACUCUGAGGCUCUCAGUUGAUUCUCCUCAUGUACCUCCUGCUGGCCAAAAUUGAUCAAUUCAGCCAGCUUACACCCCGAACCAUCAUAAUGCGUAUUAGAUGGAUUUCCUAAUUUGAUACUCUGAUCUUCCUGAGUUUCAUUGAAAUCCAUGUGCUCAGACUGUAUUCUAUACAGCAAAUUUAUAAACCAGCUUAUGACUGUGAAUAGCAACAAUAGAAGCAGCACCUUGAGGAUCUCUAGCCAUCGCCGAGAUGCGAGUCUCAGUUCUGCUUCUGGUGGACCUCCUAGGAAGGACCACGAUUGGGAGAAGGGGCCUCCAAGGACAUUUGGGGCAUGUUAACCUUCUCUUUCUGCUCUCUUCCUCUCUCCACAGUGUCGGGCCAUGACGGGCAGCUUCUCUUUGGGGAGCUGCACGGCAAGCCGUGCGUCUGCAUGAAGGGCGCUUCCACAUGUACGAGGGCUACCCGCUUUGGAAGGUAGGCAGAAGGCCUACGGUGCCCAAAGUGUUACUCAAGUGAUGGGCGCCAACUUGGAUGGCUUUAAAAAUGGGCAGCAGGCCUGAUCCAGCUGCCGGGCUCUUCUCACCCUCGUACGGAGAGAAGGGACAGCUCCCCGCCUCUGAUGUAAACGUCCCUCUGCUCUGCGCUCUCUGCCAGGUCACGUUCCCGAUCCGCGUUCUCAAACUCUUGGGCGUUGAGACGCUGCUCGUGA